AUGGAUGACUUGAACCUGCACUACCGGUUCCUGAACUGGAGGAGGAGGAUCCGGGAGAUCCGGGAGGUGCGGGCUGUCCGCUAUCAGGAGAGAUUCAAACACAUUCUCGUCGACGGGGACACACUGAGUUACCAUGGGAACUCUGGGGAGGUUGGCUGUUACGUUGCCCCCCGCCCACUGACCAAAGACAACAACUACUUUGAGGUGUCGAUUGUGGACAGUGGUGUGCGGGGGACCAUCGCCGUGGGCCUCGUGCCGCAGUAUUACAGCCUGGACCAUCAGCCGGGGUGGCUGCCUGAUUCCGUGGCCUACCAUGCUGAUGACGGCAAGCUCUACAAUGGCAGAGCGAAGGGCCGGCAGUUUGGGACGAAGUGCAGCUCGGGGGAUCGGAUCGGCUGCGGGAUCGAGCCGGUUUCUUUUGAGGUCCAGACGGCCCAGAUAUUCUUCACCAAGAACGGAAAGAGGGUUGGCUCCACCAUAAUGCCGCUGUCCCCGGACGGGCUCUUCCCUGCCGUGGGGAUGCACUCGCUGGGAGAAGAGGUUCGGCUCCACCUUCACGCCGAGCUGGGCAACGAGGAGGAUGACAGUAUCAUGAUGGUGGACAGCUAUGAGGACGAGUGGGGCCGGCUUCACGACGUGAAGGUCUGCGGCACGCUCCUGGAGUACGUGGGCAAGGGAAAGAGCAUCAUCGACGUUGGGCUGGCCCAGGCAAGGCACCCCCUGAGCACCAGGAGCCACUACUUUGAGGUGGAGAUCGUAGACCCCGGGGAGAAGUGCUAUAUCGCGCUAGGCCUGGCCCGGAAGGACUACCCGAAAAACCGCCAUCCCGGCUGGAGCAGAGGAUCUGUGGCCUACCAUGCAGAUGACGGGAAGAUCUUCCACGGGAGCGGCGUGGGCGACCCCUUCGGGCCCCGGUGCUACAAGGGCGACAUUAUGGGCUGUGGGAUCAUGUUCCCGCGGGAUUACAUCCUCGACAGCGAAGGUGACAGCGACGACAGCUGCGACACCACAGACCUGAAGCCCAAGCUGCGAGGCGUGCGGAAUGUCAUGUACCUGCACCAGGAGGUGGAGGAGGAGGAGGAGGAAGAGGAAGAGGACGGGGAGGAGAUGGAGCAGGAGCACGAAGGGAAGAAAGUGGUGGUGUUCUUCACACGCAACGGGAAGAUCAUCGGCAAGAAGGAUGCGGUGGUGCCGGUCGGCGGCUUCUUCCCCACCAUCGGCAUGCUGAGCAGCGGGGAGAAAGUCAAGGUGGACCUCCACCCGCUCAGCGGCUAGGAGACAGGGGGCAUAUCCCAUCCGCCACCCUCUCUCGGGGUCAGCUCCCUCCCCAUGGGGCACCCCGGGGACGUUCUCCAUCCCUUCAAUCCCUCGCGCUUUGAGCCUCUGCCUGCAGGGGGCAGCGCUUUGUCGCCGGCGGCCGAAGUAUUAUCCCAGCUGGUGCCACACGUGCCCUGGCGCCCGGCAGUCUGCAGGCGGGACGUUGGGUGGCUGGAGAGAGCUGUGAAUGUGCCUGGUGCUGUCCCCAAGUCUCUGUCCAGCGCCAGCCAGAGCACGGGGCAGCCUCCUGUCUGUAGCAACAUGCCAAGCCUUGCGCCCAGCCUGUCCGUCUCAGUGUGGGGUGUGACGUGCGGAGACGGAGAUGCCGCCUGAGGCCCAAUUCCCACCCCCCUGUCUGGGGCUGGCCCCUUCCCCCCCAGCUGGCGAGAUUCCUCUUCGCUUUAAUUUCCUGUCUGGCUGCUGCUCCCCUGGGCUCCGGCUCCCACCUGAGCACGCGCGAGAUCUGCGCCCAUUGGGGCCUCUCCCGUUACCAUAGAUGGUGUUACGGCACUGUGGCCUCCUGCCUGCCCCAGCUCGGCCUGCCCUGGAGUUGGUGGGGAAUCAGGCACCCCGCGGAUGGCGGCCUGGGCUGCCUCGAAGCCUCUCCCUGCUGUCCUGGGGUGCCCAAGCCCUGCCCCACUUGCUAAAGAACCGGUGCCCUGGGCAUCCUCCUCUGCCCCUCGCUGCAGCCGACGAUGGCCCUCGCGCCCAUGCUGGUUGCCUUAUGACAGUGUCAUGCUGCCCCUCGGGGGCUGGGAUGGCCUGACCCAUGGUGCCAAGUCCCAAGGGCAUCAUCCAGGCUCCCAGGGGACAGGGCGCAGG